AGAAUGUUAAAAGGCGAGUUUUGGCCGAUAUUGAAAAGAAAAGGCAUCAAAAAAAAACUAAUCGAACCUCUAUUAACAAUGAAAAUAAUAAUAAAUUUCCUUUAUCUCACUUUCUAGAAUGUUUUAAAGGAUACUUUUUUGAGUUGGUUGAAGGGAACGAAUAUAUGACAAAUACAACAAUAAAAAAAAAUAAUAUCUCAAUAACUAUCAAACUUAAAUUACCCGAGGGAUUAGAAAAACAACUUACUUAUUUAGAAGUGGUUAGUAAAAGGUCAAAGGAAUUUAUUAUCAAAGAAGCUUUAGUCCAAUAUUUAGAGAAUGCUGAGGAUGUAGCAAAGAUUUAUGAAAGAGAGAGGGAAAAAGGAAACAAAAAAUACACUACAAAGGAAUUAUUAGAAGAAUUGAACCUAAAAGAAAUUACAAAGAAAAAGUUUAUUUAUAAAGUAGAAAAUUAUUUAGCCGAAGACCCGCAUGGUCGAGGAAAACCUUUAAAGGGUAAUCUAAAAGGUCAACAUAGAUAUCGUUUUAGUGAAUAUCGAGUUAUUUACAAAAUAUUUCAGACCAAAGUUAUAAUUGAAAUAUUAGAGGUAGAUAAUCGGAUAAACAGCCAGACCCCAAAAAGUAAAGUUUUAAGUAAUUUGUCAACUAGUUUAAUGCUUGGUUUUGAAGGAAGUUUGGAAGAAGAACCAGCAGAAUUUCGCGAGGAAUUAAAACAAGAAUUUUACAAGUGGUUAGAUACCAGCAAAAUUAAUGCCAAUGCCCCCGUGGAACUAAAAUGUGCUUUGUUUGACUUUCAUGAAAUAUUGGAAUGUCGCUUCGAAAAAGCCCAAAAAGAUCGAACCAACCGAAAAAGAGAAUAUAAAAUUGGUUCUCCGGAAUACAAUAAAAAAAUGCAAGCGGUUUUUCAAAAAUCUCAGGAAGCAAUCCAAAGCGGAAAAGUUAAUGAAAUGGAUGAUAGUCCUUUUAAUGGCGACCCCCAAGCAGGAAAAACUACUUUUGAAACUAUUGCUAAUUCGCUUUCGGAUCCGGAACGAGACAAUUUUCACUUUUGA